GCCACAGUUUGGUUUAGACUUUCAAGAUGGAUGCUUCCCCCUCGAUAGGUUUCUGUUUCUUUUUUGGAGAAGGCUUACACGGGUUUAACUAACCUCCACAUGACGGCUGAAGACAUUUCUCAUCGAAAAGGACUUAAAAUACAUCUACAAUACAAAAACGUGGAUUUAAGUGGAUGUUUUUCUUCCUACGCGUUUGGACGGUCGGUUAGUUUUUAACUUCCUGGUUGUCGUAUGACUAUGUUGAAACAGCGGCCACAUAUCGAGUUACUUUGAACGGCGUAUUGAAAACAGUAUUCGGGGGGUUUCAAGAUAACCGUGGACAUGUUUAAUAGACGAGACAGCAGUUUCCAACGAAGGACAAAAAGAGAAAGACUGAUUUCAUAAGUGGUCCGCAAUGGAAAGUGGAAAUGGUGAUGCCUCGAGCAAAGGUGAUGAGCUUUUUUUUAUACUCCCUCGUGUGACUUUCACUUUAAAACCAACAAGAAAUAAGUCAGUGAAGUGUUUUUUUUAGCACUGAACUAAGGUAAUGGACCCUUUGUAUGGUAAAAAACGACGAAGGAAAGUCUGACUUGGUGUCGUCUCAUGGUACAAAGAGUCCCCGUCUUGUGAAAUAAGUCGGAAACUUUUCCGAGUAGAGAGUGAAAACCCAAUCUGUCGUAUUUCCGUCAUGUCACUUGUUUGUCGCGUCAAUUUUUAUAUUUUCUUUCACUUUUAGGUUUUUUGGUUCCCGUACCAGAAUCUUCUGACGCAUUUCAGAGCGAUAUUUUGGCUCCGCUUAAAAGUGCGUAUUUGUAUGAGGAAUCCAGACAGUGCUUUGAAUACAACUCAGCUUUUUUGGUGAAGAAUCCAGCACUUGAAGAAAAGGUCUGUCCAAAACAAGUCAUUUCUCAUUCCACCACCUUAUAGAAAUCAGUAUAAAUUUACACUACUUGAUUAAACAUGAAAAAGUUCACAUACAUUGAACAUUUUUGUUAACAAAUAGAGCUAAUGUAAAAAAAAAGUUCCUCCUGUGAAACCAAUAUGUGGCAUUUUUCUAAAUAUCAUUUAUUUACAUCAGUAUAAUGCCUUCCGAGCGAAGAGGGGGGCAGCAGGAUAUUCAGAGGAGGAUCUGAAGGAGUCCUUCGGGUUUUUGCUCUUUGAUGAGGCCAACAAGGUAAAGACAUAAAGCACAGAAAGAUUUAAGGACUUACACAAUCACAAAAAGUUUGAUUGGCUAAAGUUGGUUAUCGUAUCUGUUAAAAGGCGAACAGUCUUGGAGAAACUGGUGUGCUAACUGGAAACAGCACAUGCACAACUCUUGGAGAUCCUGCAAAUGGUAAGAUUACCUUUAUGUUAUGAUGCAUGCAGCUCAGCCAUGAAUAGAUGAGACUAUGAGUCUUACUGGUUACUUCAAGAAAAAAAAACAACUAUUUUUUUAAACUGUUUUCUGCAUUUGUUCUAAUAGUUCAUCUUAAGUUAUUACCUUAAUGCCCAUCUGUGCAGCUUGUCCAGAAUAUGCUAUACAGGUCCAGCAAAGGCAAAGUACAUGCUGAGUGCCUGGUGCCUCUCUGCCCUUGAAAGUGAAAGCAGCUUGAACUUAUAAAUGCAUAUAAAUGAAAGUGGAAGACUAACUGGAAGAAGCUUACAGUGUCUGUGAAACAGAAACUUACAGAAACUGAAACUAUAGGUCAGAGCAGUUUGAGGCAGAGGGUAUAUAAAUUAGAAUUUGUUCUACUGCUUUAUGAAAUGAUUCUCAUGUCAGCAACAUUAGUUUAUUCCUUUAUAGCUUCAAAUUUAAAACAUUGACUCUCAAAAUGCCUGUCAUACUUUUAUCCGCUGGCUGUGAUAAGUUAUCAGGCGUGUACAUCAAAGUCCUCUUCAUGGAGCUGCUUUUCUGUGAAUAUAUACAGUAUAGGAAACCACAUUAGAGUGACACGUGAACACAAGAGCUUAGUCACAUGUUAUACAUGUUUCAGUGUUUCACAGGGUUUGUUUUUAUCUGUUUCAGUUCAAGUGAGAAUCACUACUAAUGUAUUAAGUGGCUGGGACAUUUACACGUAGAUAAAGUUUGACAUCUAAAAGAGAAAAAAAAACAUGGCAUUGACGCUCAUUUAUUUAAAAAGUUGGGAGGGGAAAAAAGUGUGUUGUAAAUAAAUCAGUUUGAACUUGUAUCAAAAUACAGUCAUUUUUAAUGUAAAUUUUUUGACUGCAUUUCUUUGGCUAAAAGAGACUUUUAUUGAUGCUGCUGGCAAUUUUGCCUGUAUGUCGAAACUUUAUUGACUCUGGCAGCAGGCUGCAGACAAGGGAGUAUAAAGAAGCUACCAAAACCUGCAAAACCAGUUAGUGUCUCUUUGUACUGAGUCUUACAAUCAGAUUUCCAACUUGUUAUUUUCCUUUAAAGCAGGAGAAUUUGUCAAAAAGUCACCCUUUUUCAGGUAUUAUUUUCCUCAUUAAAAAAAUGCACCACGUUUUACUUACAGGACAGCAAAUUUGCCCUUCAGUGAGCAGGUGAAAAAAACCCCACCCAUAUCAUUGAGUCAUUAUUUAUCACACUCCUUUCUCAAAGCUUAACAGAUCCUGACUCACUCUUAAGGCCGGAUAGAUAGUUAUUAUUCAGUUUCCAGGAAAUAAUUAAUAGAGAUUGAACGAAUUGUGCAAAGCCUACAAUAUGCAAUCACUGACUUAUUAAAAAAUGGGAAAAUAGAGUAUAUUCUUGAUUUCAAGUCCAAUAAUCAGCCAGUUAAAACAUGGGUAUUUUUCACUAAUAAUACUCUGUACAAAUGUCAGCUAUAUUCUGAUACCACAAGUAAAGUGAUUUCAAUCAGAAAUUUGAAUGUACAGAGCAAAACGUGUCAAUGCUAUUGUCCAUGAGAAGACUUUUUAUAUCUCAUGUUCUCAACGGCAAUGUAUACGGCAGGUUUAUGGUUGUGUUAUGACUUUUGACUGCACUGGGUGAGGUUUGUCAGCUAUUUCGGGUGUGGUGUGUCCUUGACACAUUCAUUCUUCAAGGUGGGGCUUUACUGCAGAGGGAAUGUCAGGUAACUGAGAAGUGACCUUAAAGUGAAGAGUUUAACACCAAAGUUGUUUAUGAGGUCCUGAAUUUGUAAUAAACAACAUUCUCUGUGUUUUUGUACGUAAAAUACAUUAAUUUCAAGUCAUCUGUACUUACUCAGGUAUCUAUGUAUCCAUGUACUCUGACUGUUUGGAUCUUAACCGGUGGUAUCAUGGGAAGUCUGGAUACAUUGCCAUCAUCAGGUUGACAAAGGUAUUAAAAAGAGAGAUUGUGCAAUAUUUCCCUGUGGUGUGAAGUAACUGUGUAGUAACUUCAUUCACAUUAAACAAUUAUGUGUAAGCCAGAGAAAUUGUUCUCUGUCAUUAACAGGGGAGAGUUAAAAAGGUUUCAGAAAACUACACCCAGAAUUUCACUGUGCCUACUGUGGGAUUUGACUGUCACAUGUCGGAGCAGUUACCAUCAGUAUCUGACAAAACCAGCUCCUUCCUGGCAUUUGAAAGAACCCAGGUAAGACCCAGACGUAUAUGUGCAAAUGACUGUUAUACAACAAAGUUGAUCCCACUGACACCCAAUGUUUAAUAUUGCUACAAAUGCACAGAAACUGUUUAUGCAUAAAUUAUUUAAACCAGAAGGUCACAUAUCACCUUAAGUAAGCACCAGCUUUCAAGGUCGUAGUGCUAUCUUACCUAUUUCUAGGUGUAUCCUUGUGUGUUGUUGAGCAUCUUAAUGGAGGAGCUCAUGUAUAGAAUAAAAACUGUCCCAGACAGCAGGUAGCUCAAGUGUGUGCUGUUUUGAUUUUACAGUAUUACAUGUACGAGUUGCUGGAUGAUGGAAGCAACAAGACGUCUCAAACUCCCAGUGCUGCCUGCCCUUAUGCCAUUGUAUCAUUUUCAUAUACGGACUCCAAAGCAGCACGUGCAGCACCACAAGAGAACCAGUACUGUAUGGACAAGGACACAUGGUUUGUUUUAUAUGUCACACUGUAAACUCAACCAAAUAUUAUUUGCGUUGAUAUUAAAGACAAAGUUAUCAUUUGUUUUCUGAUUUCUCUUUUCAGGGAGAAGAAAAAACUGGGUGAGUUAAAUUUCAGUCAUUUCAGACUUAGUUAGGCUUCUCCAUGUGUUAAUUGCUAUAAAAUGUUAACUAAUUUAUACUUCUAUGAAGUAGUGCAAGCUUUAAAAGCCCCUGCACUAAAAAAAAACGUAUCGCAAUGUAAACUAAUCUUAACCAAGUGUCAGUUUAAAUGAAAGAAAUGAUUUCCCAGAGCUUGUGUGUGACCAGAUUUAUUGAAUAGACUGUCACUGUCCGACUUCUCCCCCCAUCAGUUUGUCAUUACUUUUCAUGGAUUGGUCAGCUUCAAAUUGUUGACCAGUUCUAUGAUGUAAGGCUAAGGUCUACAUCAGGACGCUUGAUCCCUGCAAAGCUGUAAGUUAAGUUCAGUGUGCACAUAGAAAAUACCAAUUGUUAAAUGAUUUUUGAUUUUAUAACCAAUUUUCUCUGUAUUAUCUUUUAAUGUAAGGCCACCGGUGGUGAAAGUUGACAAAGCUAUCUCCAUGUUGGAACUGACGCGGCUGCUGCCUCGAGCUGUUUUUGAAACCUGCCUCUCUGGUGAAGGUGUGUUGUUAAAUAGUUUUAAAUUACAUUGUAGGGUGCUGGAUUUUCAACAAAUUCUCUGGAUUCAUUGGCGACGUUGAUGAUUUUGUCCCUUUUUAUCGUCCCUCAGUUUCUCAGGAUGGCUUGUGGUACAGUCUGUGUGAGUUUAUUCCUGCUGAGGCUGAAGAAACCAACUCACUUGCUCUGCUUUUGUGUGAGGUCAAGGAGAAAGAUGUUGUAAGUGUCUGUUAAUCAUCAACAAUUUGUAGAGCAUAGGAUUCAUUCUGUUUUGUUCAUCAUGAAGUAAAUUGGACUAAUAGUACUGUAAAUUUCUAGGUUUUAUAACACGUUUACUUCACAAAUAUGUUUUUCUCAGCGUAUUUUGCUUAUCAUCUAGCAACCUACAAGUGUCCCCUAAAAACAUGCUCUUAUUCACACAGGCUCUUACUCUUCAGCUGAAUGAUGGUGGUUUUCUUUUCUUGGUGCACUCUUCCCAUUUCCUCACUUAUGAUGGUAAGAUAUGAAAAUAAGAAGUACCUGCUACUGUCAGUUUUAAGGCAAACUCGCUUGACUCCCCUUUAUUAAUGACUCUAAUUCAACUUCUUGUUAACCAAAUAUGUUAUUUUUUUACUCCUCAGAUACUGGGUCCAGUGCGCCAGAGGUUUUGCAAGGAGUGUUUGUGUUUCCUGACUCACGGGCCAUACAACGAGGUGAUUGAAAUAAAAUUUACAAGUCCUGCUCAGUAUGACUUCAUAUAUCAGCUUGUUUGGAAUUAAUGCCAUUUUUGUAUGUACAAAUUGAGAAAAAAAUGGAUGCAGAUAUUAAAUUAGAAUUCUUUCUUAAUUUAUCUCAGACACAAAACUUGGACUCAGAAAGCCGGCCAUAUCACCUGAAAUUCUCCGGGUUCUACCUGUCCUAAGUUAUGCAGAGGGUGAAGCUGAGAAAACACCCAUUGAUCCUAGUGAGGACCUGAGUGAAGUUUUGGCAAAGCACAUGCAGAGUUAUGCAGCACUGAUAAAUCCUGGGUUGGAUAUAAUUCCCUCUAGGGAGGUCAGCAUCUUUGCUGAUCAGUAUGAUGUUCCAGAAGCCCAUAAGCAUCUCUACACAUCCCCAGAGUGGACUUCUAAGGCAUGGCAGAGCUUGAAGUCAUACUUGAGCAAUCCAGUAUCUUUUCAGUUGCCUCUGGUGAAGGCCUCUGAGAUUCUGAUGGCUGGACAAGAAAACCGAAUGGAAGACCUUGAUGAUGAUGUUUAUAUCUGUUUGUCAUCCCCAGAGGAGGCAUCAGCCAGUGCUGCUGACACUUUGUCUGAGGACCGUUCUGCAAGCCAGACAUCCUCUGUAAAUUUGGAGGCUUCUGUGAACACUUUGGUAGCUGGUGUUGAUGCACCACUUGAUUUGAGAAGUGUUUCUCAAAAGGUUGUACAGGACGAUUUGCCAGCUGGAGUUUCUGACAAAGACACUGAAAAAGCUGAACUGACUCUCAUGACAAAAAUUGAUGUUACGAGGAAAAACAUUAAUCCUUUUCCUGCUGCAUCAGAUGAACUUCCAGCAGAACUUAUUGUCAGCAUCACUUCAGCAGAGCGAACUGAUAAAAGUAUGGUCGAUGUUGAGUCUGCAACCAAGCAAAAUGACUCAAAGAUUUCAGAUUUUUCAAAAGCCAAAUCACAUACGAUCAGCAUGAAUCCAUCAAAUGAUGAGACUGUCAAACACAGUUUGGAUUCCUCUGAGGUCAACAGUCUCAAAAAAACAAAACGCAGGAAGGUACGAAGGGGUCAUUACAGACGCCGUAAAAAGGUAUCUAAUGCUUGUGCUCGGAUACACAGUUUGCCGACUGUACAAAUACCUGUGGCGGACAACAACCCAAAGAGUCAGGAGGAUAACCCAACCAAGGGAUUGGAGGAGCACCAACCAUUGAGUAAUCCUUCCAUUGCUGAUUGGAGGAAAGGAAAGAGGCGGAAGCGGAUAUUUGGAAAACUAUCACCAAGAAAUAAAAAAUUGAGAUCUCGCACUGUUGGCCCAGUAUUGUCAGAGGAGAAAAAAACAGACUCUGAACAGCAGCGGUUGGAAAGCACAGUGUUAAUGGAACUUGAGGCUUUUCCUCUGAGAAGGAAAACAGAGCGCUGGGACUUGAAGCCUGUUUUGAGUGAAUGUGGAAGAAUCUUGGUUCCUCAUGGGUCUGUAGAUGUUGCUGAUAAGAUUAAGUCUUUACAGGAUGAGCUUCAAUCUACAAAAAAUAACAAAUCCCAUGAAACAAUGUCAGUCGUUACUUCUGUAGAAGCUCAAGACACUGUUGAAACGGAUCAAAAGUCGAACAGUGUCCCAGAGGAAGCAGUGGACAAAGCAGAGAACACGACAGUCACAGGUGGAGGAGGCUCCCAUGAAAAUGCUCCUGUCGGUCAUGUUUCUCCUGAACACAGCACUUUUGGACUGUUAGAUGGUACCAGUAACUCAUGGAAUAUGAACCCAGAGAGUAGUGAGCACUCUCCAAAGACUAAUGUCACAGACAUUUCUCCCUCUCUGGGGAUUAAAGAAAAGCAAAGUGAUAACCCUUCUCAAGGAAAGGGCUCCACAAAGGGUGAAUUUCUUCUAAGCAAACUGAAAUCAGUCUUAUUACGAGGAAAGAGAAAAAUUGAUCUGCUUGGAUCAGAGGACAUGACUAAAGGUACCAUACAAGCCACUGAGCCGUGCCUGAAGAUGAGCAAAGAUGAUUCAGAAACUGGUGUACUGAAGAGUAAUGAUGCAAUUACCAGGGUUGAAGACUCUGAUUUGGGGCUCAAGACAGUCUCGAGGAUGUUCUCAGUUGAUCCUCUUUUUGCAUAUGCUUUGGGCCUUACCCCUAAAGAGAUACCAAACAUGGUACAAAAAACUGAUAGUUUAGGUGAUCAAGACUCAUCUCAGACACAAGAACAAACCAUGUUUGACAAACAUCAAAUCAUUCAAAGGCCACCAUCCAUUUUUCCAAGAAGGGGAAGGAUAAAAACACUCAAAAAGCAUCAAGAUGUCUCUGCAGAAAAUGUCAAGAAGAAAUGUAAGUCAUGUUUCAAAUUUCUAAAAUUCAACUUUUUCUUUGAGAACUUGCAGCAGUCUUGUAGGCUAACAGAGGGCACCUUUUCCUUGGCUCUGUCUCCUCUGAAACUGUCCUCAGCAGACUGCAUUGCUUUCCUUUUGCCUGCUUUGCUGUUUGCUAUUGGCUAUUGAGCUUUACUUGGUCAUUGCUCUUGCUUGUCAUGUUUUUGUUUAUGCCAGUCUUAUGAAUCGGCACUAGGAAUGGGCUUUUUAAGAAAGUCCCUUGAUCGAUUAAUCAUAUAAAUUAAUGAUCUAUCAUCAAUUUGAUCGUUUCUUUGUGCGAAUGGUAGAAAAUACUCAAAACACGUGUUUUUCCUCAUUGAAAUCCCCCCAUCUCCCCAACUGUUGUUCAGGACUACGUGCCACAUGCUCACUUGCGCUUCCUACCUGCCCGGCUACUGUAAUAACCAAUGUUUUUCUCAUUCAUGAAACGCUAAAAUUGGGGAAAUUUCCUGGGACAACUUUAGCUGGGGCUAAAACAGGGAAAUCGGGGGACGUCUGGUCACCCUACAGUUCUUACUUGCUGGCAAGGAGCUUAUGGUAGUUUAAGACUGGGAGCACUGCACUUGGAGGAUUCGUUAACCUCAGUCGAAUGUAUGUCGUUUAAGUGGUACAUCAUUGGGGUUGUUGUCGUGUUGUACUUGUUCACAGCAUUGCAGUGUUGCAGCAAACCUUAUUGUUCCACUCGAAAUGGUCCCACACCACACUUCAUCUUGCUCUUUUCACGUUUUUUUUACUUCUACAGAAGCCCGCUGAUGCAGUAUCACUCCCCUUGUAAAAUGUCAAAAUCCUUCUGUGCGGUGAUAGUCAGCAUUGCGUCAACAGAGACACACAUACUGACUGAACAAACAGGGUAUCCCUUCCUAUCAGCAGAAGUUGAUCUUUGCUUGAAAGCAGCUGGAGGAUGGAUGCACACUGUCAUCCCUUUUUUAAUAACGUUAGAUCAAUAGAAAUUUUGCGUGAUCGACAUAAUUCUCAACGAUCAAAUAAUUGAUCUUGGAUUUAUUGUGCCCAUUCCCAAUCUGCACCAUUGUAUUAUUGCUUUAAUCAAUGCAUCCCUUUGUUUAUGUUGGUGACAUGGUUCAAAUGGUAAUACAUUGGUAUAUUUCAGAUGCUUUAUAUGUGCUACUUUCCAUUUUCAUGCAGUUUCUCUUUUUCUCUUCUGUUUUGUCUUCACAGGGUGGUUGCAUUUUCAAACCCCAGCUUGUUAUGCAAGUGAAAAACACAAUAAAAAAGAGUGUACUAGGGGUUAUUCUGUCAGGAAGACUGUUAAGGAAAAAUUGAACAGUACAAUCCCAUCUACAGAUGCUUUGACCUUACUUGCUGACUUGGCUCUCAGUGCCAAUCAUGACCAGGUUCCAACACAACCAGACCCAGCACUUGGGAGACAACCUGAGACGAGUUUGAAGAAGUGUGACCUUACAAAAGAUGUUACCAGUGUUGAUCAAGAGUCAGUUCUUCAUGCUCUUCUCAGACAGCCUGCUGUUAGACCCAUUCAGCCAGCCAAGAGUCCUUCUCCAAGCCAUCUUGUGGGAGACCAUGAAUUGGUUGAUUUGGUAACUAAAGAACAUGCAUACUCAUUGCCCCCGUCUUCCUCUCUACCGUUGGGUUUGCCAGGUACACUCUCACAGGUAUCCCCUGUAAGUGAUUCUACUGGACUGCUACACCAUCAAAAAACAAUGUGCAAGGGUGACAAUGGAACUUUGCACCCCUCUAUUGUUCAGCAAGAUGAAGGCGAACCAUACCGUGGGACUCCAGAGUACCUGAAAAAACACACAACGCACAGAAAAAAAUUCAGACACUCCCGUACCUUUGCCGCCAAGGACAAAUCCGUCCAAGUCACAAAACAAUGGAAAGAAAUCUAUGACUUUGAUCUUGACAGCAAGUUUGCUAGUGACUCAAAGGAUAAAGCCAUCAUCCGAGCCUUGCAUGGGUAAAUACAUUGUGUUUCUUAGUUUUCAACAAUGAAGUAGAAAAAAUAUUUCAGUGUGUAAACAUUUACAGUGAUAAAAUGGAGGGGCUUAUUUUGCGUAUUUCUUAUCUUCACUAGGCCAUGGGAUCAUUCUGUGCAGGACACCAAUGAAGAAGUGCGGCUCAUUGUCCACAUGUGGAUAGGCCUGUUCUACAGCCGGUCAACAGCCAGGUUCUUUCAUAUUGACCCAGACUCAGUAUUCCCAUCCUCAGAAGAGGGUGAUUCUUUGCAGAUGUCCAGUGCAGUGGUAUCAGGCCCAGAGCAGUCUGAGCUCAAGGCCAAUUCAGAUGCACCUUUCCCAGGUGCAGCCGACACUUCAGACCCUUUGACUUCGAAAGCAUUGGACCUCAGCAAAAAAGAUGACCCGGCCUUGGACCAGGGGUCUUUGGUUUUGGACCUGUCCCUGAAAAAUUCCAGUGCAGAGGUUGUCACUUUGGACCGACAAGUUAACAAAGUAGAGACUAAUGUGUCUUGUGAAGGGAAAGAAGAAGGCAGAAACACAAUGAGCACCCAGGCAUCCAACAGACUACAUGAGGUGAGCCCAUUUCAGGUGGGGUUUAAAUGUCACUUUUACUUAAAAGACAGUCCCAUUCAUUUAAAAUGUUAUGAGAAUUUUUAGAUUACGUCACAAUUCACCAGGUUUGUGGACUGUCCUUGUGUCUACUUAGAAAGGCGUGAUAGCCUGGUAAACAAGUAAUUGUGUAUGAGGCCCUGUUCACCUAGGAGCAAACAGUGUGUGACAGUUUAUAAUGAAUGCACCUGCAUGUAAGGCCAUAACAAUCUUGCCUCAAUUUGCUUUUUAUAAUGUUGACAUUGUAUAUUGCUAGUUGUAUCUGUCACUUUUGUACUUUUGAUUUACAGCAUCUAUAAUUCGAAUUACUUGUUCACCUCAAGCUGCAAUGUCCUCUGAAAAUCAAGGCGACGUUUUUUUUUUUUUAAAAACAAUAAUGAGCUAAUUUACCAACGGACUAAUGCUCAUGGUUUUAUUGUAUGUCGUUUUAUAAUGUGUAAUCAAUCAUUCUGUUUUCCUUGUCUUUUUACAGGUUUAUAAAGAGCUUGCCCUGUCAACAAAAAUGACCAAUGGCGUGAAUGACUUCACAAUCACCCAUAAAGAUGAGGAGACUUGCAUCCCUUUGCAUCAAGCUGGCCAGUUUGAACACACCCAUGGGCCAUCUUUGAAGGACGUAAUACUAAAUCCUAUUCAAAAAACAAAUAAAGGUGUAUCCAUUCUGCCAGAAAACUGCCAGACAACAGGAAAUGCUGACAUAUUACAAGGAUGCUGCAAAGAAAAUAGAGAUAUGAAACAUUGUACAGGAAGUUCAAAGGAUACAGAGAUCAAUUUAGUUCUGUCCAAAUCGGUCAUGGAUGACAAUAACCAAGAAGCAGACUCUGUGGUUCACACAAUUCAGCUUGAUGAAACUGAAACCAAAGAUGGGGAAAACCUGGAAGUAAAGAAGAAGCCACACCAAGGAGAUGGUCAAGAACUUAAUCCAAAACCUUUACAGGAAGGAGAUGAUACAACAAUCAAACAAUCAGGUGAAGUUGGUAGUGAAAAUCUUGAUGAAAAAGAGGAGCAGUCAUCCAGUGAGGAACUCACAACAGUCUCACAUGACGAGGCUGUAAGUGUGAAUGAAGACGUAAAUCAUUGUACAUCUAAUGAAAGUAAAGAGAUGGAAGAUGAAGACAGACUCGAUGAGAAAGACAGUUGUGUUUCAGCUGUGGAUGCAAAGAGUGAUGUAAGCCAUCAACCAUUACAUGGAAGGAGGAGUGAUGGUCCUAGCUCAGUGGAAAAGGAUUGCAUUGGAGUGUAUGACUGCCAAACAAACUCAGAUGAGCAUCCACCUCAUGAGGACAAGAAAGAAGCCUGUCAUGAUUUGCACCUAGUAGACAAAUGUGUAGAUGCCAGCGAACAUACCAUUACAGGAAAUGUUCCUCACAGUCCACUAAAACUGGAGGCUGGGGGAGAGGAGUCUGUUCCCCAGACAAAUGAAGGCAUUGAAUCCGGAAACAAUAAAGUAAUGACAAGUUCUGAUGUGGGGAGUGAUGAGCAUGAAGAUUUGCAUACAAAACAAAUUGAAGGAGAGCAGACGUCUGAUAACCAAACUCUAAAAGAACCAAUAAUCUCUCAGCCACAUUCGCCAUUGAGUGAGCCACUUGAGUCUAAAACUGAAGUUAUGGAAACUAAAGAAACAGAACUUGGUGGUGACGAAAUCAACGAGGGAUUAGAAGAGAGUCACAAUCGAAUCAUAAUUCCAUUCAUUGGAGUAGACAUCUCCAGAGAGGAUAUCCUACUACCACAAGACUCAGAUUCACAGGACACUGUUGAAAAAUUUGCUCAAAGUCAAACAGAAAAAACAUCUAUUUCUAAAACAACCCACCCCAACCCGGUUCAGCUCACUGAGGUAUCCAGUGCAGUUCAGCCAUCCUGUAAAAAAGCAGAACUGUUUUCAAGCAAAGCAUCCCUUCUGGAUGUCCCUGAAAUCAACCAGUUAUGGGCCUCAGGCAGUGAGUCAGAUGAGCGAUGUCCUACUCCAACCAUGGAUGAAAAACCAUAUGGGUCCUCAACUUGUUCCAGCCCACAUAGUGUUACUUCUACCUUUACUGGUGGCAAAAGCAGCAAAAAUACAACCCAGAAAUGCCUUGGCAGGAGUUCUAAGCAAGAACCUUGUGAGAAGUCUGCAGUUAAUGGUGAUCUCGAUAGCCAUCGUAGUCUUCCCCCUGAUCUCGAAAUAAGAACUUUAAGAGUUCUUCAAAGUAUUGACAAGUUCCUCUCAAAAUCCAGUCCCACUGACAAAUCCAGCCUGAUCAAAACAGCCAACAUGAAACAAAAGCCCCAAACCUUGAACUCAAAGAGUAAAUACAACCCGAAUUGCUUCGUUCAAAGCCAGUGCUCACAAGACUUGAAGGACCAUAAAACCAACGUAAAGUCAGCAGCGGUGUCAGCUCCUACUCCACAGGACCCGUCUAUAGAGUCAUCAGGAAACUUUCAUAUAUUGCCUUUUAAGAGUAAAAUAGAGGAAGUCCUCGGGGUUGGCUUGCAGCUUAAGCAAACGCACCCAUCAGUUCAUCAGCAUUAUUAUGAAAGAACAGAAAAAUCACAGAAGACUACCUCUAGACAAGAAAAUUGUCAUACCCACCAGUCCUCUCCUUCCACUGAGUAUUUGAGAAUCAUCAACCCAAAUAAUGACCAAGUUAGACACACAACAUCACAGGCGAACUUAAGUUACGAUCUACACCCAUCCAGUCAGCGUCCUGUUAUGGCAGUCAGGCCAUCAAAGAGUGAUGAGAGUCAGGCAGACAGUCUCUCAAAAGACAGGCAAAAUGAAAACCUUGAGCUGUCAAAUAAACUGACAAAAACUCUUUCAGUCAGCUCCACACUGAAGACAAUGCCCUUGGAGAUAAAGAUGCAGUGUUUUGAGAGACACUCUGAGGCACUAAAUGACAACACACAAGAGACAUCUAUGCAUCUUUCAAGGAGCAGAUGGUCAUCUCAUGUAAGUGACAGCAGGUCAAAUAAGGCUAAAUUUGCACAUCAAGAUCCUUUGUAUCAGCAUGAAGGGAGGGACAGUUCAAAACUCAGCAAAACUUCUGCAUUCCUCCCAGUGCAGAGUUCUGGAUCAAACAGUUCAUCUCAACUUGUUGAAGGAAAACAGUGUUUGACAUAUAGUCCUGUAGAGAAGGCUGGACAAAUUGCUAGAGAGAGUCUUGAGAUUGAUCCUAGAAACUGCUCGGAAGUGUCAACUUCACUUGUGGAUUACAAAGAUGAUGACAACGCAGAUGAUGACCUCUACCUGGGACCUGACAGCUCACUCUCGUGCACAGUCUACAACACCAGUCGGAAGAGAUCGUACUCCUUUCUGGAGCAAGUUUCUCGAAGGUGCAUACAAGAUGACCGCACUGAGGCGUCAAUGGAACAGGAGUGCCUUAUCUUUUCAGAGAAGAUGAAACAGCUCUUGAAAAGGAGUAAAAUGGGGUCUGUUCACAAAAUGGAUGCACAUGGAAAAUCAAAUACGUCUUUCUCCAGUCCUGUGUUGGUACGCUUUUCGGAUCUAGAGGAGCGGGAAGAAUUAAAGGAUCACUUGGAUGAACUGUCAAUCUUUGGACAAAAAAUCAAGGUCGACAUGUCUGAUCGGAAAGAUCUUGUGAAUACCACAGAGAAGACGCUGCAUUCUGAAAAAUCAUCCCAAGGAACAUCAGUUGAACAUGCAGGAAUUUCUGCUGUGACUGCUGAGUAUGCUGAGCUGUAUGAGGCAGCGAUGGACGAUGUUUGUGCGAUCAGGGAUGCCCCAUCUAGACCCAAGCACCUCAGAAUGGAUAGAGGUUACCUGAAGGCAGAACCAAGUAACUAUUUUGAUUUCUGUGAUCAAAUGAAAAGAGAGAUGGAUGAGAGUUUUCGCAGUACUCUGAAUUCAGUAGUGAAAAAAUCCUGUAAGACUAAGUACAGAUUCUACAUACUGGAGACGUCAGACAACCCCUUCUUUGAGGAAACCAAGGUAAGACAAGUUUCCAUAAACCUCAGAAUACAGUAUUUGUUUUGUCCUUUUUUGAUCCAUUCAGUUGAUUCAAGCAUAAUCCUACGUUUUUAAUAUUGAAGAUUACACAUACUUUGACGUUCAAGCUUUACCUUUUUUGUGUGUUUUUUUUUUGUAUUAUUUUUUUUAAUGUAAACGGUAGUAUUGGCUCUGAUUUCACCUGUCAGUAGCUGCUAUUUCAAUGUUUUGAGUUUUUCGGAUUUAUCUUCAGACUCAUUACUCAGAAUAAAAUGAGGUGCUCAGUUGUUAUGCAAAAUCCAAAUGCACAAAUUUCAAUUUUUUGUUUCCUGAUCCAAACAUUUUCUCAGCCUAAAGCAAAAAUGGGAAAUUAACUCUCUCUCAAUAUUCUAUUGGUCUUUUUUUUUUAAAACAGUACAACUUUAAAACUCUAAUGGGGAGAUUUUUGAGGUUUAUAAAUAGGCUGAAAUACACAAUGACGCCUUUUUUAUGUUAUCUAAAAGCACAAAAGAUCAUUGGCAACAUUAUUGAUGAUUUUUAUGUUGUAAUUAUUGGUGAAUUAAGCCUGUGCAAGGGAGUUAGAUGUCCGCUGAGCAGCUACAGAGACAGUCUGUUCUACAAUUUUCAAUAUAAAAUAUUCAUAGUAAACUAUAUAAUAACAGUUAAUUUUUCGGGGGAUUAAAAUAAAUAAACAACCAACCUAAUAAAUAUAUUUUAAAAGCAUUCACUGAUGAUAUGGAUGAUCAGAUAUGAAAUCAUCUGGCUUAGAGGUAAAUAUUUUACAGAACUAACGCUCUAAUAAACACGCUUUUCCUUGGAUGAGGAGAAACGUUUUGCUGCCCAUUUGGUUGCAUAAUCAAGAAAUGCAUUUUGAGAGGAAAAUAUUUUAAAAUAUUGUUAGGAGGGUCCUAUUGUAACAUUUUAUCAUUUGCAGUACCAUCAUGAAAUAUUAAUGUGAAACCACCCUAAAGGCUUGAUUUGUCUUUGAUUUUCUAAAGGCACUGUUGGGAGCAGAGGGCCACACUGCCGUACAGCCAUCAGAGUUUUUCCUCAGUGAUGGUGGUCCUUCAUCUCUACUCAUUAUUCUCAGGAAUGAAGACAUUGCAGAGCACAUUUGUGAGGUAAUUUUCCAGCAGAAAAAAGGUAGCAACAGGAUUUAAAAAGUCAUUUUGAAAUAUGGAGAAUUACAACUGAUAACUGGCUUGCUCUGUGUUGUCCUAGGUCCCACAUUUGCUGGAGUUGAAGAAGUCCCCCGCUGUGCAGUUUGCUGGGAUUGACGAGCCAGAUGAUGUUGUAAAUCUCACCCAUCAGGAGCUCUUCACAAGAGGCGGUUUAAUCAUGUUUGACAAGGCACUGCUGGAGCCACUCAGCCUUUGUAUGUCCACUUUUUACAAAAAAAAAAGCUUUUUUGUUUUUUAACUUGCCAUGUCAGUAACUUUUUAUUUUUCAUUGCUUAAUUCAUGACUCAUGAAGUUUUUAUUAAUUUCAAGGUGACAUGACAAAAAUGUCAGAAAUCUUGCAAGAGCUGAGCAAAACGGGGAAGUGGAAGUGGAUGUUGCACUACAGAGACAGCCGUCGGUUAAAAGAAAAUGCAAGGUUUGGAUCGUCUUUGGAAAUCAAAGCCAAAUCAUUUUUUUCUUUCAACAAACCAGGCUGUCAAACCAGGUGUCCUAAAGCCUGUUUCUUUACGUUUCUCUGCACAAAACAUAAAAGUUGAAGUAAACCAAAGAGAACAUAUCAGUUUCAAUGCUAUUUAAGAAAAUACUUGCCAAUAGUAAUGCUGCUAGUAAAUUAACUACUGCAUCUCUGACUUCUGUGCAUGUAUCUUCUCUUAUCCUUUUUGGAUUCCUUAUACUUUUUUACCCGAGUGACUGCAGUCAUUAUUUUAAAGACUGUUGUUGAUUGUCCAUACAUACUGUGGAAAAGUCUCUGUUAAACUCUUACCUCAACAAUAUGUUUUGUCCUAUCAUGCCCAGGCUGAGUGCGGUGGCAAAAAAGAAGAAGCAGUUCCUACUCUGGGGGCAAGAAUCAGGGAUGUUGGAGGUGUUGCCUUACCAUGAGUGCGACCUCAUGUCCAGAGAUGACCCUGAUUACCUUACUUGUUUGGUCCGCUUGCAGGUUCAGAAUAUAACAGCGCGUUACACUGUUUUUAUAACUGGUGAGACACUACUACACAAAUACACCCAACAGUAGCUUCACAUCCAUUACUUAAUAUCGUAGUAGUUUGAAUUUUUGAUUUACAUUAGGCAUUUAAACAUGACAUCUGUUCCCGUAUCAAUGCAUUUAAACUGAUACUAUUUCCAUAAGAACACUUUUCUGUGUCCUUCACCAUUGUGUAGAAGAAUAACACCAAUUCUCCUCAUAUGGAAAUACAUUUACACAAAUAUAUGCUGGAAGAUUUCCAGCUGUAUCACUGGGGUUUUGUAUUUUAAUUCACCUCCCAAAUCAGUCCUGGAUAGAUGAGUUUUUUGGUUGGACAUCCAUAAAUUGUUGCAUUGUGACCAGGAUAGCUUGUAAAUAUUUAUUUAUGAAGGUAAAAAAGAUGAAAAUGUUUUUAUCUUUCUUACAGAUUCAGCGUCAGACAGCGCUUUUGAAAGAAAUGGAAUAAUAACGACGAGUCUCAGCUCUUUCCUGCUCUGCUCUCCGAGUGAAACAUUUUCAGUCUGAGUUGACUAAGACAGAUGGAUGGACUAAAACUGCGAGUUCAAUAACUCAGAAAUCAAAAACUGAGUGGUGUGAGGAGAAACCAGAAUCUGCCACCAGUGUAUCAUCAAACAAACCUCAUUGAUAUUACUUUUUUUUGGAAGUACAUAACUUAAGCUUUCUUUCUUUUAUUGGUCAAUUAUUGACAAAUGGUUUUACAUUUUUUUGUUCAUGUUUAUUUGUACACUAAGUUAUGUCUCAGUUCACAGAUAGUGUCACUAAUGCCAGUAUGCAGGCAUUUGUACUGUUUAUACUGUUCGCCUUUUGUAUUGUAUUUUUAUAGAGACUAUUGUAAACUUGUUAAGCAAUUUUUACAGAUAUGUAUAUUUUGUAGUUCUGCAUACAAUUGACUUGAUCCAUGUGCAGCACAAUCUUUUUUUUUUCUGGUUGAAUAACGUAUGUUGUCAAAAGGCUAUUAACAAAGAUUUGUUUCGGCUUUUGUAGUUUAAAAUUAUUUUCGCUUGGUUUCCAAGCCUUGCAACAAAUAAAGUUCUCUUCAAAUAACGUAUUUAAGUAUAUUACUGUUCUAUGUAAUAUGUUGCUGACUGAGAAUAAAGACUCUUUCAUUGUUUUUGCUUUGAAAGAAACUCCAACCCGACUAAUGAAUCUGCACUUUGAUCCUGAGUUUGUGUUUUCACUUAUGUCAUAUGCCAAAACAUGACCUACUGGCUCAGCUUAAAAUAAAGGAAAAGCAUCAUCGAAAUCUUGACUCAACUAUGGAUGUAAAAAUUUUGUUGAAAACUUUCCCUCAUGUCAUUUAAAAAUAUUAAAAAAAAAAAAAGUGUUGGCAAUUUUC